AAGUAGAUAUUGUCAAAAUGGAAAUGUCAAAACUUCAAAAAUCGUCAACAGAAAAACAAAACUAUGUACCUAUAAAUCCGAAUAUAGUUACGAAAUAAUACACGUAGUAAUACGCAUAAUACAUUUUGCGCGUACCUUUGUGACUUUAUUUAAAUUGUGUUCCUUGUGGUGGUAUAGAAAGAACUCACUGAUGUAUAAUUAAGUAAAGUUUAUUUUGAAAAUGGGUAUAUUUACGUCCUGUUGUAGACCAUCUGCUACGGAUAUUUUGACACCUGACGCUGAAACAAGGCGUCGUCAGCAAGUUGAGGCAGCUGAGCGCAGGCAGGCAGAGCAGGCAAAGCGAGGAGUUAAAGAUCCUGAACGCCUGAGGAAGAUGAAGCUAAGGGAAGAGGAAAUGGAUAGACGGGAACAGGAGCUGCGAGAGCAGGGUGGUGCUAACUUGAAGUGGACAUCUGGAUGAGAUGAGGCUCCUCCGGCCGAAAGCCAAACCAAAGCUGAAAAAUAUAGAUAUAAGAAUUAAGUUCCUUAAUUUGAUUUGUUGCACUUCACCAUGGAAUUAGUGUCUAUCUUUCCUCUUCCAUACAAAUGUAUAUCACUAUCAUACGCGGGUUCGAUUUCUCGCACGGUACAAACUUUUGUAUUCAUGAGUAUUAUUGUUUGUAUCGGUUUACGUGUUUUCUAUGUAUACAAAAAAAUAUCUACGUAUUUAUAUCAGUUGUCUAGUACCCACAACACUAGCUCUGCCUUGCUUGGGAAUAGAUGAC